AAAUAAGUAGUUCUCAGAAUAACUCUGAGGUGUUAAAUAUUGGCGAUAAAGCGCCAUUUGUAACAGAAAAUGAAUUUGAUCUUUCAGCUAUGAAUAAUGAAUCGAAAAAAGAUCUCCCAAUUGCUCCUACCAAUGAUGAAUAUCCUGUAAAUGAGAUGGAAGUUUCUAAAGGAAAACGAGAAAGGACGAGUGAUUCCGAAGGUCGCCCACCGAAAGCUGGAAGUAAAGGAGCGUUUACAAAAGACAUACGACUUUUAAUGUAUGGAUUUGGAGAUGAACCUAUUCCAGCAACAGAUUCCAUAAACGUAAUGGAAGAACUUGUUACUGAUUAUAUUACCGAGAUG